UGUCCCAGCUGGAGGCCAAGGCCCGUGCCGAGGCCGGCGAGGGUCUUGGGCAGCCCGGGCGCCCGGCGGUGCGAAGGGAGGCCGGACACCGCCGCCUGCUUUCAGGUGUCCUCCGUCGUAGGGGUCCUCGCACGGGCCAUGGUGGAUGUGCUGGGCGGGCGGCGCCUGGUCACCCGCGGCGGCGCGUGCGUGGAGGCUGAGGCAGCACUACAGAACAAGGUGGUGGCGCUGUACUUCGCCGCGGCCCGGUGCGCGCUCAGCCGCGACUUUACGCCGCUGCUCUGCGACUUCUACGCGGAGCUAGUGGAGCUAGCUCAGCCGCCCGCGCCUUUUGCGGUUGUUUUGGUGUCGGUGGACAGCAGUGCACAGGAGAUGCAAGACUUCAUGCGCCAGCUGCCGGGCACCUGGCUGGCGUUGCCCUUCCAGGACCCGUACCGGCAUGAGCUGAGGACCAGGUACCACAUUACGGCCACCCCCAGGCUUGUGAUCCUGAAACCCAGCGGGGAGGUCAUCACCGACAAAGGGCGCAAGCAGAUCCGGGAGCGGGGGCGGGCCUGCUUCCAGAACUGGGUGGAGGCUGCCGAUGUCUUUCAGAAUUUCUCCGCCUGAAGUUGGGGCUCUCCGGUGACCUGAACAGGUGUAUGAUACACCAGCUACUGCAGGGAGAACACGGUGCGGGAAGAGGAGGGAGUGGGUAAGUUCAGUUUAUGUUAGAGCAGAAGCACUCAGCUCUGGCAAAAAGAAAACACUGCUCAGGAAGCAUGCCCUCCCGUUUUUGUUCCCUUAGUCUUGCUUGUAGCUGUUUUUAUUAUUAGUAGUACAGCUUUCUCCACACAAGUUUAACUAUGUUCACAUUGAGCUAUUGGAAAUCUAUGCAAAACAUGUAUUGAUACAGGUUCUUCAGGUAAAGUAAUAUAUUUAUUGAUGCAUUUGCUGGAGAUCUAUUUAUUAUAAGGAUAUGCUUUUACAACUACAUUUACUACUGAAGUUUGAAGAAUUUAUAUGCUUUAAUAAACAAACAUUUCCACUGGAGCCCUCUGAUUUCCUUUUUUCUCCUGGCAAACCAAGUGUUCUUAUGAGGAAGGCGAAGCUCUCGGGAAAUGCUGCUCUCAGAUGCUUUGUUCUAUUUCUCAAAGAGGGUAGUUUUUAAUUAUGAGUCUUCUUGGUUUUUUUUCUUCUCUUUGUUUUCUUUUCUCACAUUUGUUUUU